AUGAGUAGAAGUUCACCAAGUGGGAAAGGACACUCUAGGAUGGCCGAGCCUCGAUUUAACAACCCCUACUUCUGGCCCCCUCCUCCCACCAUGCCCAGCCAGCUGGACAACCUGGUCCUGAUUAACAAGAUCAAGGAGCAGCUGAUGGCGGAGAAGAUCCGGCCGCCUCACCUGCCGCCCACGUCGGCUUCGUCGCAGCAGCCGCUGCUGGUGCCGCCGGCGCCGGCCGAGAGCAGCCAAGCCGUCAUGUCGCUGCCCAAGCUGCAGCAGGUGCCGGGGCUGCACCCGCAGGCCGUGCCGCAGCCCGACGUGGCGCUGCACGCGCGGCCGGCCACCAGCACCGUCACAGGUCUGGGGCUCUCCUCCCGGACCCCGGCUGUGAGCACGUCCGAGUCGAGUGCAGGCACGGGGACCAGCACCCCGUCCACGCCCACCACCACCAGCCAGAGCCGCCUCAUCGCCUCGUCCCCCACCCUCAUCUCAGGGAUCACCAGCCCCCCCCUCCUGGACUCCAUCAAGACAAUCCAGGGCCAUGGCCUGCUUGGCCCCCCCAAGUCCGAGCGCGGCCGCAAAAAGAUCAAGGCGGAGAACCCAGGGGGGCCGCCCGUCCUCGUAGUCCCCUACCCCAUCCUGGCCUCGGGCGAGACUGCCAAGGAGGGCAAGACAUACAGGUGUAAGGUGUGCCCGCUGACCUUUUUCACCAAGUCUGAGAUGCAAAUUCACUCCAAGUCACACACCGAGGCCAAGCCCCACAAGUGCCCGCACUGCUCCAAGUCCUUUGCCAACGCCUCCUACCUGGCCCAGCACCUGCGCAUCCACCUGGGCGUCAAGCCCUACCACUGCUCCUACUGUGAUAAGUCCUUCCGACAGCUCUCCCACCUCCAGCAGCACACCAGAAUCCACACAGGCGACAGACCCUACAAGUGCCCACAUCCUGGCUGCGAAAAGGCUUUCACUCAGCUCUCCAACCUCCAGUCUCACCAGCGCCAGCACAACAAGGACAAGCCCUACAAGUGUCCCAACUGCUACCGGGCCUACUCGGACUCCGCGUCCCUGCAGAUCCACCUCUCCGCCCACGCCAUCAAGCACGCCAAGGCCUACUGCUGCAGCAUGUGCGGGCGGGCCUACACCUCGGAGACCUACCUGAUGAAGCACAUGUCCAAACACACGGUGGUGGAGCACCUGGUGAGCCAUCACUCGCCCCAGAGGACGGAGUCCCCCGGCAUCCCGGUGCGAAUUUCCCUCAUCUGA